GUGACGAUUCCAGAGUUUCCCAACUUCUUCUCGCACCAUCUGAAGCUUUCACGUUGCCUCUGGACAAGUCUUCCCUUCCUCCUCCCUCCUCCUCUGUGACUGUCCUCCUCCUAUAUAUAUACACCACAAGUAAUCCAUCUUCCCACAUCGAGAAAACCAGAAAAAGUUCCGUUUCGUGAGUGAAUUCUACAGCGAGAAAACAACAAUGGCGUCAACAUUAAUGUCAUGCUCAUCUUCCUUACCUAUGCUUUCACAGAAUUCGAGAACAGUCAGAGCAGUCGCGCCAUGUGCCGUUUGUUUCCCGGCGAGGAAAUUCUCGGGCAAAAGGAGUUGUCGGCUUCUGGUUGUGAGAGCUGCUGAGGAGAAGAAGGAUUCGUCUGUUGACGUGCAUGUAAGUAGCAGUCAAGGGAAUAAUAAUAGGACUGCGGUGGAGAGAAGACCUGGACGCCAGUUGGCCAUGGAUGUUUCUCCUUUCGGCUUAUUAGAUCCCCUGUCUCCGAUGAGAACAAUGCGGCAGAUGCUAGACACCAUGGACAGAAUCUUCGAGGAGGCGAUGACGUUUCCGGGCAGAAGUAGAACGGCCGGCGAAAUCCGCGCGCCUUGGGACAUAAAAGACGACGAGCACGAAAUAAAGAUGCGUUUUGACAUGCCGGGACUCUCGAAAGACGAGGUUAAGAUUUCUGUGGAAGAUGACGUGCUUGUCAUCAAGGGAGAGCAAAAGAAGAAGGAAGACGGCGGAGAUGAUUCAUGGUCGAGUAGCAGUUUCAGUUCUUACGACACUCGUCUUCGACUUCCCGAUAACUGCGAGAAGGAGAAGGUGAAAGCAGAGCUCAAGAAUGGAGUUCUCUUCAUUUCUAUUCCUAAGACUAAAGUUGAACGUAAGGUCUUUGAUGUUCAAAUCGAGUAGGAAAA